AUGAAAACUAAUGGCCUUUUCCAUGAUGCAAUAGAUAAAGAAAAUGAAAACAGAAUAAAUCCUUAUGAAGAGUGUGGAGCUAAAUACAAUAUUGAAUGCAAUUAUAUCAUUCCUUUACCAAUGACAUUGGUAAACUCAAUGACAAAUAAUGUGUUGGAUGGUUCAGAAGAAACACAAAACAAGUAUAAAUAUGUUCUGGAAAAUGGGAAAGAGGUUGAGUUCAAUAAUCCACUUCCACCUGGAAUUCCACAAAAUAUUGUUCAUGAAUACUGUCAUCAGGCAAUGUCAGAGCGAUCUGAAAACACAGCCCAAGAUGAAGACGAAUGCCAACCACUGAAAGAUCUUCUGCUUUAUGGAACUGUAGCAAUAUGUCCAAUAGCUGGAGUUUUGAUUUAUUACAUUUUUCGUAUUAAAAGGCCAAACUUCGCUGAAAGAAUUCGGAUUUUCACAUUCACAACUUUAAUAACUCUCAUAACUAUUCUCCUUCUAAUAAUAUGUUAG